AUGGGGGCCUGGGAAGAGCCUGAUCUGGGAUGGGAAAGGCAGCUGAAGAGGAUAGCUGGAGAGACUAGCGGGAUCAAUCUGUGGAUGGAUGCAUGGACGGAGAGAUUGGAUAGAGAGUGUGGAGCGCGGCCAGGCAGAGCUGCUGUGCAGGGGCUGUGCCGGGGAUGGUGCUGGGCACCUACCUGCAGCCACCCCCCAGGGGCAAACAUUCAUGGUGAGGCCACAGCAGUGCUCAGGCCGCUCGGCUGCAGAUCUGUGCCCCGAUACAGCGCUGGAGAGCAUCCUGGCAGCCCCCCACUGCAUCCCCAGUCCCAGCUGCCACGAGAGCAUCCCAAAAACCAAAAAGUCCCAGGGGAACAUGAGUCAGGAGGCGCGAGGAAGAGCAAGAAGGGGGGAAAGGAGAGACACAGACGCUCACAGCAGUGCUUGGAAAGGGAGGCGAGGAGCUACAUCAAAAAUUUAAAAAAAAAGGAAAAAAGAAAAGAAAGAGCAAAAGAGACAAGAGAAUGGAAAAAUGCCUGGAACACAUUAAGGGCCUCAGAGGAAAGCGGAGCCCAGCCAAGCGUUCUCAGGGAGCAGGAGGAAAAGAAAUCAUGCUUCUUCAGAUCAAAGCUUUCUGCUUGUUUUCGCCUCCUUUCUUCUCCUUGGCCCCCGUGCUGGAAUGGUGCGCUAUCCGCCCAGCUGUGCUUGCCGCCGCCAAGUCCCCAUGUAGGAUGUGGGAUGCUCCAGGUCUCCGGUGACAGGGAUGGAAGAACCUCCGGCGGCUCAAACCGGCAGUGGGGCCACGAUUACCCCUGCCUGGGCAUCCAAGGCGGGGGCUGGCACCCCACAUCCUGGUUUUCUGGGGUGGACGAAAGGAGAGGUAACGCUCCCCUUGCCCGCCUGAAUGGGCCGCUUUUGGCCUCUUGCACCGAGGACUGCUGCAUUUCUUUUUAUUACUAUUAUUUUUUUUGCCUUUCACAAUGUUUCAUCCCCAACUGAUCAUGACCCUCACUGCCUGAAAGC